AGUUUACACUGUUUUUCCAUUUCAUAGUCCUGCUACUGCAUGGCUUCAGCUAAAAGCACAAACGGCCAUCUGCUGACCCCUUCCUGUUUAUCACGCUCGUUUGAAGCAUUUCCCAUAACCUAGCUUGACACUAGCAGUCAAACAGUCUUCAAUAGGAAGAAGUGACAAAAAGACCUAGAGAUGGAGAAUGAAGAGGGUUACACAGAACUUCGUUUCAAAACCAGGAAGAAAAGCUCUAAUGCAGAACUUCCCCCUAACUCUUCAGGCUUGCGGUGCUUUGCUGCCCUCUCAGGAUUUCUGAAUGUUAUAUUUUUGGGAGCUGUGAUCACACUAAUUCAGCAAUGUGACUUGCUAUCAAGUCAUGUGUGGAAGCCCAGAGAAAAUCUUUCUGAAAGUGACAGUAUCUUUGGGGAAGAUCUUCAUGAAAACAGCUCACUGACUGCAUUAAAGGAAAGCUUAUGCAUGCAUACAAACGACUCCAGAUGUGAACUCUGCCCUGUUGGCUGGAAGCUGCAUUAUGGGAGAUGUUAUUUCUACUCAGAAACUCGUGACACCUGGGAGAACAGUAGAAAGUAUUGCUCAGGAAAAAAAUCUGAGCUCCUGUUCAUAGAGGAUGAGACUGAAAUGGACUUCUUAAACAAACUGAAGGAUAAAAGCCUUGGCUUCGUUUGGACUGGAUUAAGCUUUGAUGAGGAGGAAGGAAGAUGGGUAUGGCUCAGCGACCCCAAACAUCCAGGGCACAGUUUUACAGUAAAACGAAGGAAGAAAGAAGAAAAAUGUGCUGUCUAUAAGCUGACAGAAAUGCAUGCUGAUAACUGCCUCUCCCUGUACAAGUGGAUUUGCAAGAAGAGUGCAGUCCUUCUGGGUAUCUAAGAUAUUGUAAAGUGAAUGUGAAUGGGGUCUUUGAAGGGUUUUGGAAGGUUUAGACCACUUUACCGUGGGUAGGAUAUCUGAUGUAAAAUGCAAGGGAAA